GUUUGUGGGAAAAUGGCAGAAGCCAGUUCAGCACUGGAUCAGAACGAGUUCAGCUGUUCUAUCUGUCUGGAUCUACUGAAGGAUCCAGUGACAAUUAACUGUGGACACAGUUACUGUAUGAGCUGCAUUAAGAGAUACUGGGAUCAGGAGGAUCAUCUUGGCGUUUACAGCUGCCCCCAAUGCAGACAGACCUUCACACCCAGACCUGUUCUGGGCAGAAACAACAUGCUGGCAGAAGUGGUGGAGAAACUGAAGAAUGUUGCACAGCAUGCAGCUACUCUUGCUGAUCGCUAUGCUGGACCUGGAGAUGUGGAGUGUGACGUCUGUACUGGGAGAAAACACAAAGCUGUCAAGUCCUGCCUGGUGUGUCUGGCCUCUUACUGUGAAACUCACCUCCAGCCUCACUAUGAAUCUCCAGCUUUUAAGAAGCACAAGCUGACUGAUGCCACUGGACAUCUGCAGGACAAGCUCUGUUCCCAGCAUGACAAACCUCUGGAAAUCUACUGCCGUGCCGACCAGCAGUGUAUCUGUUAUCUCUGUACGAUGGAUAAACACAGAGGCCAUGAUACAGUCUCAGCUGCCGCACAAAGGGAGGAGAUACAGAAUAAAAUGGAUGAAACACAGAAGGAAAUUCUGCAGAGUAUUCAGAUGAGAGAGAAGGAGCUACAGGAGCUGAGAGAGGCUGCGAGCUCCAUCACAAUCUCAGCACAUUCCGCAGUACUGGACAGUGAGAGGAUCUUCACUGAGAUGAUCCGCUCCAUUGAGAGAAGACGCUCUGAGGUGACAGAGCUGAUCAGAGAUCAGGUGAAAGCUGCAGUGAGUCAGGCUGAAAGAGACAUGGAGAGACUGAAGCAGGAGAUUGAUGAGCUGAAGAGGAGACACUCUGAGCUGGAGCAGCUUUCACACACAGAGGAUCACAUCCAUUUCCUCCAGAGGUACCAGUGUCUUCCUGAAGAUGGAUUUGGACCCAAACUCUCUGUCAAUCCACACUGCAAUUUUGAGAACGUGAGGAAGGUGCUUUCUGAACUGAAGAAUCAGCUGGAAAAUGAUUGUGAAAAGAAAUCGGCAGACAUCCAGCACACAGUUACCAAAGACACCGUCCUACCAGUAUUAGUGCCCAGGACCAGAGCAGAAUUCUUACAAUAUUCCUGUCAGCUCACUCUGGACCCCAACACAGCAAACAGACACCUCCACCUGUCUGAGGGGAACAGAGUGGUGACAUGCAAGAGAGAGACACAGUCAUAUCCUGAUCACCAGGAGAGAUUUGACUCAAUCCCCCAAGUGCUGUGUGCAGAGAGUCUGACUGGGCGCUGCUACUGGGAGGUUGAGUUCAGUAAGGAUGGGGUUGGUGUAGGCGUCGCAUAUAAAGAGAUCGACAGGAAAAGACGGGGUGAUGACAGCGCACUUGGAAACAAUGACAAGUCCUGGUGUUUGAACUGUAAUCCCAAUAGUUACUCAUUCCAGCACAAUAAUAAAUGCUGGGCGGUAUCCGGCCCCCCCUCCUCCAGGAUAGGGGUGUACCUGGACCACAGAGCAGGAAUUCUGUCCUUCUACAGCGUCUCUGACAUAAUGACCCUCAUGCACAGGGUCCAGACCACGUUCACUGAGCCCCUCUAUCCUGGGUUGGCAUUAAAUAACAUUUUCAAACAAACCAGAAUGGUAUUUGCUGAUUACUCUGCUAAACUCACUAUCAUUUAAUAAAGCUGAAGUUAAUCAUGUAAGGUCAGAUCACAGCAAAUGGCUACAAAGAAAUGCAGUUUAUUCAGCAUAUAAAUCAGUUUAUCUAAAGAAAAUGAUUCAUGAAAUUCCUAUAAAGCAAAAACAGAUAAAAAAAUAACACAAGUACAGAUGUCUUAAGAAACUCCACCCUCCAUGAGCAAUAAAAAAACACCUUCUUCCUGAUUUUCCCCCUUUGAAUUCCCAGCCUUUAGUAAAUAAGCACGAUGCUGUUCCAGUGUGGCUGUAAACCUUCUUAUCUUCAGGGUAGGGAGUGAGCCGGUCCACAGGGAACAGGAAUUUCCUGGGGGGGGGGGGGGGGGGGCACUUAACAUGUCAAUCUGUAAACCCCCCCCCCCCCAGUCAGAGGGCUCCUGAACCCUACCUAACCCCUGAUUAUGUGUGAAUGUAGGACGUGUCUCCUGAGCUCCACCCCCUGAAAUAACCACACCCCCUUCUGUUUACUGUGGAGUUUAUAUCAUGUAUAACGUGUAUAUGAUGCGGGGGCUUUGCAGGCACCCAGCACAGCUUCCCUGAGGCUGGGGGGCAUAACGGGCUGGUGCAGCGUCGAGUGGCUUCACACCCACCGCCGGUACUAGGAACCUUUGCAAAAGUGGAGGCGUAAUUACAUGUAGGAGACAUACAGCUGCAGGUCACAUCUGUCACUGCAGGUGUGUACAAGAGGCCCAGCUGGGGCUCCAGCCAGACUGGACCGUCAUACAGCACCCAGGGCACGAGGCUCAGGGGAAGUUUAUACCCACCUGCAGUGCAGUGUGCAGUGUGCAGUGUGAAGUGUGCAGUGUCUGUCUACUCUGCUGUUUCUUUGCUGUUAUUACUCUUCUUAAUACUAUUAUACUGAUUGAUACUAUUCUGCUGGAUGCAUGUGAAUAAUAAUAAUCCAUUGUACUACUUACAUGUGACAAUAAAAAUC